UAAAUUGUAAGCAAGACUGUAGCCUUUUGAUCAGCUGUGGUUUUACAACCGUCUUCUUUGAGCUUCUUUGACCUUUCUCCAGCGCUGAGCUUUUAUCAAAUGUAUCUUGGUAAUCCACUGAGAAUGUUGUAUGAAACCACGAGUCUGUUCUGGGGCCACCAUGUGACAAUGGUGAACAAGAAAGAUGCAGCUUUUCAAUGCUGUGCGUACAAGCAGACACAUGCAAGCUGCAUUCGGCCAACUUCACUUCUCUCUGAGGCCAACUCCUGAGACUCCCGGCUUUAUCGUAGGCCACACAGCUGCAACACCAAUCGUCUUGUGGCGCAGUGCCAGAAAACGUGGAGCCAGACGGCUGUCAACCGUAAGUCCUCUGCAAGCUUCGCAAGGCAGUGCGGUAACCCCGACAGGAGCACGAGCCAUGGAUUCCGAGACUGCGGAUCUUCGGGCGUACAUCCAGAACGGAAUCAGCAACGUGUGGUACACAAGCAGCGAGGAUGCCAUCAUUCCCGGUGGAAUGUUCAUCCGCGCCUCAGGAAACCCUCUCAAGAUGGAGGGGCUGGCAGCGUUCGUCGAAGAAAACGACGAGCUCUUCGAAGAGAAAGUCCUGGACAUUGAGAAGUUAGAGAUCCGGGGUGACGUGGCAUGGACGGUAUUGAAGAUGUACCAGGACUUUUCGUAUCGUGGCACUCGUCACAAGGACACAUUCAGGUACACCGUGAUCCUUGAGAGAAAGCCACUUGAGAGAUGGAGGGUUGCUCACAUGCAUCGAAGCUCACCUUUAAAGGAGGCGCCUUGAAGUGAAGCUCCAAUAUGCAUGUGUAUUAUCAGUAAGUAUCCAUCGAGCUUACUUCUGAAGUCCUCUUUAGAAACUUCCGCUAGACAACGUGCCAUCUAGGAGAGGAGAUUGAGUGUGCACUGGUUAAUGUUGUAUCACGGGGUUUUGAACAAGCUUGAAAAACUUGGAACACAAAACGGACGGCAUUGUCUAGAAUCCAUCAGAACCUAAAAUUCCCUGUUUCGACGUAAGACUCAGCGGGGACACAUGGUGUGCGACUCACUGGCAAGCUAGACUUGGAUAUAGCAAGCCUGCCAGUUUUAGUUGGCGGCCUGAUCGACAUUCGGAAACACGAACGAAGCUUCGAAGCUGGUGGAACAAGAGGAAUUUGGCUAGCUUUCAGAAUCGAUUUCAAAGUUACCAGCAGGAUCACAAGCUGAUCACAAGCUGGCUGUUCGGUUGCUCUAAGGAAUGAUACGCGAACCAUACACGCAAAGUGUACUAUCAGUCUGACAUGGGAGUGAUUUCGACAAUGAGUCGUUGACAGUAGGAUCUGUUUCUAAAGACUUAAAUUAGAUAUACUCGUGAGCUUUCAUUGUGAUUGAAUAAUGCGCAGCGCCAGGACAUUGGCCGCAGCGCAUGAGGCCCAU